CGGAAUCUUAACUCCCUGCUUAGUACCUACCUAUCAUCGAAACACUUUGCUGUAAACUAACAAAUAGGAAGGCAGCCUAUACUGGAAUCCAGAAAGAUUAGACAGUUUGCAAGUAACAUCUCACCAUCCUCUACCUGAAUACACCCCAUGUUCCCUAUUCUUGCCUUUAUAAUUAUUAGCCUCGCAACAGCCAUCCAAAAUGGAUACGACUAUAUAAUCAUGGGCGGUGGAACCGGCGGUCUCGUCGUCGCGAACCGUCUCUCCGAAGACCCCAACGUAUCCGUCCCGUGGAAUCGGGAUCCGAAUGGCGGUCGGGUUCGAGGGUUCACGGUACAUCCGGCGACGAUUGAGGCAGGGGAGUAUGUGCGAAGUGACGCGGCGAGGGCGUACUAUUGGCCUGUUUUAUUUAGGAUGAAUCUGCAUGUGAUGUGCAAUACGACAGGGGAUCGCAUUAUCUGGGAAGAGAGGGAGGGCGAUGAUCUGGUUGCGGUGGGUGUGGAGGUGAGAGAUGAGAAUGGGAGUCGAGUCAUUCACGUAAAGAGGGAAGUGAUUCUCGCGGCGGGGGUGUUUAGAUCACCGGUUAUUCUUCAGCUUUUGGGGGUGGGAAAUCGAAGGAUACUUGAAAAACACGGCAUCACCACGCGUAUUGAUCUCCCAACUGUGGGCGAGAAUCUGCAAGAGCAAAUCAACAAUUCCAUGGCCGUCUCAACGCACGAGAAGAUCUCAGGCUCACGAUCUACUGCAUAUGUCUCUGCCUCUGACAUCUUCGGCGAAGAAGUCGGGGGUAUUGCGAAUUCCCUAGCCGCAAAGCUUCCACAGUAUGCCCGCCAAGCGGCCAAGGCGAAUGGUGACACAAACACCACUAAUCUGGAAUGUCUUUUUAACAUCCAAUAUGACCUCAUAUUUAACAAGUCUGUCCCUAUAGCUGAGUUCCGCGUGAAUCCAGGAAAUAAGGCAAAAACCGCCGGAUACUGGGGCCUGCUUCCCUUCUCUCGUGGGAAUGUGCACAUUGCGUCGGCGGAUCCGACGGAAAGACCUAUCAUCAACCCUAACUAUGGGGUAGUGGAUUUUGAUAUCGAAUUUCAAGUCGCCAUGGCUAAAUUUGUUCGACAGAUGUUCCAUUCAAGACCAUUGAAUGGCUUGGUUGCUAGUGAAUCGCAUCCUGGCUAUGACCGGAUUCCUGAGGAAUCUCCGGAUGAUAUAUGGAGAGAGUGGAUAAGGAAUGAAUAUCUUACUAAUUACCAUCCCAUUGGAACUCUUGCCAUGAUGCCACGCUCCAUGGGAGGCGUAGUCGAUCAUCGACUGAAAGUGUACGGGACAAGGAAUGUUAGGGUUGUUGAUGCGUCUAUUCAUCCGAUUCAGCUGUGCGGACACCCGACGAGUAGCAUCUAUGCUAUUGGGGAGAUGGUGUCGGAUUUUAUCAAGGCAGAGUGGGUUAAGGAAAGGGCAGAUUGCAGGGAUGAAUAGCCCUAUGUCACCAUAAUGCCGGUUUAUUCUCGUCGCUAAAUUGAAG